AUGUCGCUUCCAUCAGGCCGCAGAAAAGGGCCACGGAAACAUGCUCGGCGUCGAAAGUCUUGCGUCAAGACUGGAUUCGCUUCACCUAGAUCACCUCAAUCUAUUUUAGCCGAAGUCCGAAGGAAAACCUCUUCGAAAGCCCGCAAGGGCGGACUUUUCGGUACGACGAGCAACCUUGAUACCAACCCCGCAAGAAAUCAUGGUAGUCAACAGUCCUUAAAAUAUUCAAAAUUUGUUAGACUUCCUCCUUCGACGGAUCCUUUUGAAGAGAAUUGCUUAGAUAGGGAGCCCUUGCGGGAGAACUAUGUUUUCGUGCCAAAGGGCGAUGUUUAUAUUACGCGGCACUGUCGGACUCAGACCAAAGAGUCGCGCCGGAUAGUCUAUGUCGUCUAUAACAAUACUGGAAAACGAAAUAUUGGACUCCGCGUACCCAAAGAUGUGUACGCCACUGUUCUCAAAUCUGCUGCCGUGACUGCCGAUUCGCGUGCUCUUGCUGUCAAAACACGAGACGAAAAGGACCUGUCGCGAGCUCGGCAAAUCCUGCGCAACAAGUUCCCACUCAUGCCUGCUGAGUCCCUGGAUACUAUUGUUGAUCACGCUUUCCUGAAGCGCUCUGGACGAGUAGGAAGAACGACAAGGAAAACAGACGAACAAAAGGCCAAUUUGGCUGUGGAAGCACACAUCAGGCACACACAUACACCUUACGAAUCCCUUCUCGACACGGGAAAAGCACGGCAUGAAGCUAGAAAAGCGGUUUGGGAUAUGGUGCAAGCCGUCAAAACUGCGUGGGAGGGAGGAAACGCUCAGUCUACAGAUUCUUUGCCCCUUCGCAGUCAUGCUGAUGGUCAAAAACCGACAAGACCUGCUGACGACGUGAUCUGCAUUGAUUGA